AUGCGCAUAGUCGAGACUGAAGUUUUAUUUCGAAAAUAUUUACAAGUGGCCGAUAUUAUAUUUCUGAACCAACCUGCAGGUAGUAGAUUUUCUUACGCGAAAAACUCGGCAGCUUAUUACUCAAACGACACAUUGUCGGCAAAACUUACUUACAUUUUCCUUCGAAAGUGGCUAAUAAAUCAUCUCAAAUACAUUAACAAUCUACUCUGCAUCUCAGGUGACUCGUACUCCGGCAUUACCAUUCCUCUUGUUGUGAAGGAAGUGCACAAAGCCCGGUUGGUGGCUAAAGGAUAUACACAAGAUGCAGGAAUAGACUACACUGAGACCUUUAGUUCAGUUAUUAAGCCCACAACAAUCAGAAUAGUGCUCUCUAUAGCAAUUUCUCUUGGUUGGGAUUUAAGACAGGUUGAUGUGGACAAUGCCUUCCUCCAUGGCAUGUUACAUGAAGAAAUUUUCAUGGAGCAGCCUCCUGGUUUUGAGAUCAACCCUCAUGCAGGCCUAGUUUGCAAAUUAAACAAAUCUAUAUGUGGCCUUAAACAGGCCUCUAGGGCCUGGUCUUCCACUCUCAGUACCAUUCUUCUCUCUUUGGGAUUUGUUGCUUCAAGAGCUGACCCUUCAUUGUUUUUUAAGCACAAUGCCAGUUCUUCUAUUUUUGUUCUGGCCUAUGUAGAUGAUAUCAUCAUUACAGGAUCCCAAUCUUCAGACAUUGAUCUUGUUAUUCAAUCUCUCAGAUCACAUUUUUCCAUUAAAGACCUUGGAGCUGGCAUGAAGGGGGCAAAAGGAUUGAAAACUCCAAUGGUGUCUCAUCCAACACUAUCAAAGUUUCAGGGUAAUCCCAUCUCAGAUGGAUACUUGUACAGGCAGAUUGUUGGUGCAUUGCAAUAUAUUACUCUUACCAGACCUGAUAUAUCAUUUAGUGUCAACAAAGUGUGUCAAUUCAUGCAAAGUCCCCUAGACACACACUGGAAGGCUGUGAAAAGAAUUCUAAGAUAUUUGGCUGAUACAAAGGAUUUUGGGUUAAACUUGCAAAAGUGCUCCAAUUUCAACCUCACAGCCUUCUCAGAUGCAGAUUGGGGAUCAGAUGUAGAUGAUAGGAGAUCUACUUCAGGGAUCUGUGUUUAUCUUGGUGCAAACCUCAUAUCCUGGUCAUCUAAAAAGCAACCAAUUGUGUCAAGAUCCUCCACUGAAGCAGAAUAUAGAAGUGCAGCUCAAGCAACAUGUGAAGUAGUUUGGCUGCAAUCCCUUUUGAAUGAGCUCAGAGUUAAGUUCAUUAAACCAAGCACAAUAUGGGUAGACAAUAGAGGAGCAGUUUAUCUAGCAUCAAAUCCGGUUUAUCAUGCAAGAAAAAAACACUUGGAAUUGGAUCUUCACUUCAUUAGGGAGAAAGUGGAAAGUAAAGUGGUGUCUGUGCAGCAUGUACCUUCUUGUGAACAAGUAGCCGACAUUUUCACAAAACCCUUGACUGGACAAUCCUAUACAAACCUUAGAAACAGAUUGAGGCUUCUCUCUAAGUCAUGCAUAGGAUUGAGGGGGCAUGUUAAGACUCAGCUAAUUCACCAUGCAUACGUGGAUGUCCAUGUCAGCAGCAAAGUCCAAGAAGUCAAUGAUCCACCUCACUUAUCUGGCAGCCCAAAUGCCAAGUCUCAAAAUAUGCAGAUAAAGCAAAUGAAGAAAAGCUGCAACACGGUUAAGGAAGAGGACAAAAACUGUAACCCUAAAAGCAUGCAUUAUGAUCCAAUGGCUUGUAAGCAUGAGAUGGCACGUGAAAGCCAUCCAAUGAAGGCAUCUCUGACCGCCGACGUAAUUUCCAGUGAUCCCGACGUCGCAAUCCGGCUACCGACACCGGCAAAAAGCAGCACCUGUCUAGCCGCCACCUCCGGAAGCUCACAGAUCGCCCGUCCGUGGUCGCACAACCGCUCGCCGCAGCUUUUGACGGCGCUGCCGUCAAUGUCUUGCAGCCUCUUCUCCACCUACGACAGAAGCAACACCAUCCCGAUAUCCAUGGUCAAUCUAGGAACACGCGGCGACGACAUGGUGGUCGGACAUGAAAGCUCCGGUAGCUCCUGCACGGCCAUGGCGGACACUGUUUUCCACCGGGAUUGUGGCGGUCAGAACGGUGGCGCAAAAUUGAGGCUCCGGUCGGAAAAAAUACAGCGAUUUAAAAUCUGA